GGAAGGUGAGGAUGUUUGCUCUCUGAUCUCUCAGAUCCCCUGGUGUCUGAAUCAGUCUUUUCAACUUCCUUCAACAGGGCAAGCCCGUCCAGGGCUCUAAUACUAACGUUCAAUCUCCGGAAGUUCCAUCUCUUCAGGACAUCAUCUACAAGUUUGAACGCGUUUCCAAGUCAUGUCGUCGAAGUCGGCGUUAGAGCCUCCUAUGUGGGACGACGCUCGAAGGACUUACAGGCUAUUGCGUUCAAUCUCACCACAGUUUCACGGUACGCUCCUAGAACUGUACUGGACACAUUACAAUGCAGGCGUGCCCCUCGUGGACAGGGGCUCAUUUGAGCAGUCGGUCACGGAUACUGGAGGGCUAUACCACUGCCAAUUUCUGCAUAUUUCGAUGUUGGCUAUGGGCUACCAUUUUGCCGACCAAAGCAACCAAGAUGUGCGACAAAUCACGACCAUCAGCAAUGAGAGCACAUUCCACUACGAAGCAAAAUUUCAGGUGUGGCAGAGGCUUCGAUCUCCGAAACUGUCAACCGCCGCCGCCCUCAUAAUACUAAGCGAUCUUGAAUUCCAGGUCGGCAACAGUGCCCUGGGAAGAAGGUUUACGGAAAUGGCUUCUCAAAUUGCUCUAGACAAAAGUACCACUCUGCACGACCACCCAGCUGGUAGCUCCAGCGAAGAAACAUCCAUGAGGCAGCAUGUCUUUGCAGCCUGUUCGCUUUAUGACAACAACUGGGCGUUGCUGGGAAGCCGACCACCCCUGACGAGGGCGCUGGAAGUCAGGCACAGCGAGUGGGCGGCUCGAUCGGACGAUGGAUAUACGUCUCGCCUGCCGAGCACCCUGGCAGGGUUGGGAGGACAGAUGUAUGUCGCCGCAGCAAAACUUCAGACAUUUUAUGAAAGCAUCGUUGAGAUGCGUCAUUUUGUCGAUACAUCAUGCGACGGCUUACCUCCGUUGGGCAGAGCCUAUUCUGAAAUGGCGACCUUGAAGCGUGGUAUGACAGCUUGGUAUCAGACUCUGCCACCAGACCUGCAUUGGACGUCAGAUAAGAAAGAUGUCGUUCCGCUUGGCUUUUUUCUUUUACAUCAACAGUACAACGCAGCUAUGAUCCGGCUGCACCAGUCGUUUACCUGUUACCCGUCGCAGAAGACCGGCUCUGUGGCUGAUGCCCCGAGCGAGAAUGCUCACCUCAAGCAUCUGAUCGCCAUAUCCCAAUCGGUCUGUUCAAGACACGCCAAACAGAUUGUGCACCUGCUCGAUGCACAACAAGCGCGCUUCGGUCAUGCUGUAGCUCUGCUACCAGGACUGCAAACAGCUGCAACAGCUGCAGGUGCUCUUAUGGACGGCAUCACUCAAACGAAAGAGAUGGCACAACGCGAGCCAUCAAUUCGACCUUUGAAGGUCCUACUUCAAAUACUUUCUGCCUCGGCGGCGACAUGCAAGCCUGCUGGGACCAUGGCCGACAUGAUCCUCACCUUUCUUGAUCGUUCGACGAAUUCCUCAUGACAACAGCGCCUGACUGAGGAUGUCUCCCAGUGCCCACGCAAUUCACGAAGAUCAGAAGAGUCUCUUGGCUUCUCUGAAAAAGUCUUUUCGCCACAUGCGGAAUAUCAGUCAUAAUCCAUCGUUGAGAGCAACUUAGCCUCGUUAUCC